GAAUGUCCCAGUGGGAUUGUUAAUGAAGAGACCUUCAAAGAGAUUUACUCUCAGUUCUUCCCACAGGGAGAUUCCACAACAUAUGCACAUUUUCUGUUCAAUGCAUUUGACACAGAUCAUAAUGGAUGUGUGAGUUUUGAGGAUUUCGUUAUGGGCCUUUCAAUUUUGCUUCGAGGGACAGUGCAGGAAAAACUCAAUUGGGCUUUUAAUUUGUAUGAUAUAAAUAAAGAUGGCUAUAUAACAAAAGAGGAAAUGCUUGAUAUAAUGAAGGCUAUAUAUGAUAUGAUGGGGAAAUGCACUUAUCCUGUUCUUAGAGAGGAUGCCCCAAGACAACAUGUGGAAACAUUUUUUCAGAAAAUGGACAAGAACAAAGAUGGUGUAGUGACCAUAGAUGAAUUCAUUGAAAGCUGCCAAAAAGAUGAAAACAUAAUGCGUUCCAUGCAACUCUUUGAAAAUGUAAUUUAACCUCAUGCAGCUCUCCCUUCAAUCAGUGGAGAAUAUGAACAAUUCUGCAGCAACACACCUAUAAAUGUUGCCACUUAUGAAACAGGAUUGUCAGCUUUUACACUGAGAUGUCUAUAAUGCAAAUAAGCUUUGCUUAAUUAAAGCCUACCUUCUGAGACUGUAUUUUUCCACUAGCUGAGGUAAAGCAAAGUCAUUAAACAAUGCUCUCAUAGUUGUUUUUAAAAUGUCAUUUGAUUCAUAGAACAAUCCAAAGAAAACAGCAAUAGGGAAAAUGCAUUAUUGUCAUUCCAACUUUGAUAGCAGAGGUCUUAGAGUGGUGGAAAAGGGCAAUCUGUUUGUUAGAUGAGUUUCUACAAUAUCAACUGUUUAAUUCCACACUCCCUAUUGUAUGAAGAUCAUCCUACAUAAUUCUCAACUGAAGAUUAUUUUUGACAAUGACAUUUUAAGCAGAAUCCACCCAUGUGUGGCUGGAAGCUUCAUGCAGCCUAUUAGCAUUCUCAUAUGCUGACUUCAUAUUGGGUCACUGUGAGAAAUGGGACAACUUAAAUGCAGCCAGGCUCUCCCCAUGAAACCAAACCCUUCUGUCUCCAUAAUAAACUUCAUACAGAGUCUUCCCUUGUUUAUCCUGAGGGGAUUAUCAGAUUCCUUGCCACUACUCUUUUAAAUUCAUGGUCUACACAUUUUAUAGCAGAAUAUUCUUUUUAUAGAAAAAAAGGUUUACAUUAUUUAACCAUUGCCUGUGAUAAAUUUAUUCUAUUGACAAGACUACUGGUAUAGUGAACAUUGAGGCAGCAGUUUACAUAAAAGCUUAGGCUUCCAAAUCAAAGGUAAAAAUUAGUUGAUACUACCGGUUCUUGAUUGGAAUAAAGAUGAAGCCAGAAUAGGGAACCAGCAAGAGAGUUGAUAGGGAACCAGCAAGAGAGUUCAUUCAGAUCCCCAGUAGAUACCACUCAAAAUAUGGGACAGGACACAAUUAUAACAAUCUAGCAUCAUGCAUAUGAGAGAUUUUUUUUCCUCUUGUUUCAAAGCCCAAGUAAGAUGGGAAGUUUAUUAGCGUAACAAUUUAGAAGCAACUGUAGAUUUUUCAGGAGCUACAACUGCUAGGAUUCAUAGUGUGAAAAGCAGAAAGAGAAUGUUCUGUGAACGAUAGAAAAUUGACAGAAAAAUGAUGUGAAUAAAAUUAAGAGUAAACUUGCCUCAGCCUUUAAAACUGACCAGGGAAAAAAUACAAGUGCACAGUAUCUGAGAUGAGAGAGGUAGAAGUUGGCUUUCCCCUUUCCUUAAAAAAAAAAGGGGGGGGAGACAGGAUGGACUGUAGCCAACAAAAAUUCCUAAUUCUCAAGGUAGUCAAAAUAUUAUUAAAUUACUGUCUGGCUAGAUGCCUAUAACUACUGAUAGAAGAACUAUGCCAGCAUUAAUCGUGACAUUUCUGCACUGAAGAUCCAGAGAGCUUAUAGAUGUACAAGAAUGCUGCAAACUGUUGUAGCUUUUUUUCUUUCUUUCUUCAAAAAUGACAUCUAUUCUGGUGCAAGAGGGCCUAGAGAGUCAAGCUGAAAUUUGCUCUAUCACCACCACUAUAGGAGUAAGAGUAGUACAAUACAUGUACAUCUGAAAUUUGUUGUAGAAUGUUCAUGAAAAUUAAAUGUGCACAUUUUAUAAUAAAAACGAA